AUGCUCUAUCACUCUUUGCCCGCUCUUUUGCGCGCGGUCGGCCUCGACGUUAUCAGCAGUCUUUUCUUCAACAGCAAGGAGCCAAAGAAGCCCGUCAUCGUUCAGUCUGUCUGGAUAGCUUCAUCCCGCUGCGCUGUUCAUCUUCUACCGGCUCUAGUCUCCAUAGUAAUCAUAGCUCUGAAUCUUCAAACGUAUUUCAUCGGAUUCCAGUUGGCCGGCAUACCCGAUACGGACCGCAUUAGCAUGGCCGCCCUGCAAGUUACAGCCAAGUUACAAGAGUUGCUUAUAGUUGCAAGCGUGGGCGCGAUUAUCCACCACCAGCUACGUUCGUGUCUGCAUGACAGCCAAGGUCUUCCAUUCGGGCUGCUUGGAUCCGGCUUAUCCUUCACUCAGGUCAGCUUUUUCUGGUCGCAGGCCUUCGUAGGGUCUCUUACGCAGAAUGUCAGCUUGCCACUCCUAUGUCUACUAAUUGUAGGUGGAGUCAUAGCGAGUACAGCCGGUCCAGCCACCGCCGUUUUACUUAUACCACGCCAAAUCUCCUAUCCAGCUGGCCAGACAUCCUACUACGUCAAUGGCAUGUCCGAAGACCUUUGGCCGCAGCAUCUGGGUCUUGUGCAUUAUCUUCCCAACUACACGAACCUGUUUGGCGAGAGCAUUGACUGUGCGUCAAACCGUGGGUUCAUCAGUGCUGUUUGCCCCAGCGGCGGGUAUGCCUCCCUGAUGGGCCACUUUUCUGCUAAUCCAAUUCAGCACCUGCCCAAUCCCGGGUUCUCAUUCUCUCGAAUAGAUCGCCCGCGGGAGUUCUAUAGUCUAUUCCCCUCGGGGAAUGGCAUUCUUGUCAAGAGUCGUCAAGGUCACACGGCACCGCAGACACUUAGUGGAAACAUUCGGACACCCUUGGAUAUAUCGGAAACGUUUACCUACGCGACACAUGGAGCGACUGCCAACUUGCAGAGGAGGAUCAAUCUUGACUGGCUCAAAGCGGUAAACGAGGUCGCGACGUUCUACCACGAAAGCAUACAGGCGCACAGGUUCCAAUUCUAUACGACGCAACGAACGACUGUCAGCUCAUCUGUUCCUGUGAGGAUCUGGGUUAGAGCGAGUGUUGAUGACAGAUCGCAUCUCGAGUUGAAGUUUGAAAACGACGGCAGGCCUGAAGACUCGCUUGGUAAGGAAUAUCUGGAGGGCAGCUUUGGCUGA